AGACUGCCGCGCUUAUCCGUUGCACGAAGUCUACAUUGCGUCGAGAACGAAGCCCUGUGGUGAUUGAUUUUGACAGCACGCAAGAUACUUGAUGCUUGCAAUUUGUGAAUUAGUUUAAACAGAAUUUGAAACUCGAGACAACCAAUUGGAAAGAAUUUCGGUUGGUUUGAGGCUCCAAGCUGGAUGGCAUUGCUUGCUAUUAGUCAUCUCGAGGGAAAAACUUAUCCAAACUAGUACCUGCCUUGAAUUUAUGAAUCUGUUCCGUGGAAAUCGGAUAUUCAACUAAGUGACCUAAUCUUCACACAAUAGACAUAAUUUUGCGUCCAAAUGGCAGCAGGAACUACAUUACAAAAAGCGAUAGAUUUAGUGACGCGUGCAACGGAGGAGGAUCGUAAUAAAAACUAUGCAGAAGCGUUACGACUCUACGAACACGCUGUAGAAUAUUUUUUGCACGCAAUCAAGUAUGAAGCACAGGGUGAUAAAGCUAAAGAUUCCAUUAGAUCAAAGUGUUUACAAUAUUUAGACAGAGCCGAGAAACUGAAGGAGCAUUUGAAGAAGGGAAAAAAGAAACUGGUUAAAGAAUCAGAUGCUGGAUCUAAAGAGGAUAAGGACAAGAAAAGCGAUAGUGACGACGAAGAUGGCGAUGACCCUGAAAAGAAGAAACUUCAGAGCAAGCUAGAAGGUGCAAUUAUCAUCGAAAAGCCACAGAUCAAGUGGUCCGACGUAGCUGGAUUGGAAUCGGCAAAAGAGGCCCUAAAAGAAGCUGUCAUUCUCCCGAUAAAGUUCCCCCAUCUCUUCACAGGCAAACGAAUCCCCUGGAAAGGAAUUCUUCUGUUCGGACCACCCGGUACUGGCAAAUCAUACUUAGCAAAAGCAGUUGCCACCGAAGCAAACAACUCAACAUUCUUCUCUAUCUCAAGUUCCGACUUGAUGUCGAAGUGGUUGGGUGAGUCGGAGAAACUUGUGAAGAAUCUUUUCGAGUUGGCACGACAACAUAAGCCGAGUAUUAUAUUUAUUGACGAAAUCGAUUCGUUAUGUUCCGCCCGUACCGAUAAUGAAAACGACAGUGUACGUCGUAUUAAAACUGAAUUUCUAGUGCAGAUGCAGGGCGUAGGCAACGACAAUGAUGGCAUUUUAGUGUUGGGCGCAACGAAUAUACCGUGGGUCCUCGAUUCGGCUAUUCGUCGACGAUUCGAAAAGAGAAUCUAUAUACCGCUGCCGGAGCAGCACGCUCGCCUUGUUAUGUUUAAACUUCAUUUAGGAAAUACUACACAUGUUCUAACAGAGAGUGAUUUGAAGGAGCUCUCCAAUAGGACAGACGGGUACUCUGGAGCUGAUAUCCAAAUUGUGGUGCGGGAUGCAUUAAUGGAGCCAGUACGAAAGGUCCAGUCGGCGACUCACUUCAAGAGAGUGAGUGGCCCAUCCCCUGUCGACAAAGACACAAUAUGUAAUGAUCUUCUCACUCCGUGCUCUCCCGGUGAUCCGGGAGCGAUGGAAAUGACCUGGAUGGAAGUGCCGAGUGAUAAACUGUACGAACCACCAGUAACUAUGGCUGAUAUGCAAAAAUCACUUUCACGUACAAAACCAACGGUGAACGAAGAUGAUCUUAAGAAACUGCAGAAAUUCACGGAAGACUUUGGUCAAGAGGGCUAAGGAAGUCAUGGCUAGUUGAUUGGUUGGGUUUCUGUUGUCACGCCCUACCCGUUUUUGAUUAUUCAAUAUUUCGUUGUUCUAGAGCCAUUUCAUUGAUCUAUUUUGUUUAAGAGCAAAUAUAAUUUAGGAUUUAACACCGAAUGCAAAAUAAUUCUCACACUUAAAAAUGAAACUGGUACGGAAAUACAGAGAGAGGGGAGAGAGCUGUCUUGUUGUUAUUUCCAAGUGCUUAUACAAAAUAUAUAUGAAAAAGAGCAUUAUAUAUAAUAAAGUAUUGAUGAAAAUAACUUUUUAAA